AUAUAAUAAAUGUAAUCAUACUGUAUAUCUCAUAACCUAUUUUUUCUGUUGACAGUAUAUCUUGAUUAUUUCCCCAACUUAGCACUUACUAACUUUAUAGUGUUCUGUAUCAUGGAUGUUCUGAUAUAUGCAUUAAGAAGUCAGCGUUUUUAUACUCCUGAGCAAUUUCUUGUCUAUCCUGUCCAGCUCCCAUGUCUUGACCAAUUUCCUUCAGUCCUGAGCCCAUGAAGGACAUUCUAGCUUAGACCAUAUAGCCUUUUAUCAGUCCUGAGAGGUGGAAAUGAAAGGAGGAGGAUCUGAUCUGGGCAGGACCGAGUAGUCCAAUCCCAUGUCCAGAUUAGCAUCCCCAAAGCACUGCUUAAAACCUUCCUGCUGAAUGAAGAACCCUGGAGUUUUGUGUGAGAGUUUAGAUUCCAUAAAUGGUGUGUGGGGUAUGGAGUAGAAGUAGGAAUGGAAAAGAUAAAAUAUUUUUAGUAGCUUAAAUCAGCAUGGGAUCACAUAAGUACACCUGGUCUAAUGCUACUUUUUCCUUCCCCAGUUCUGGCUUUUCUGGAGUCUGUGCUUCACCAGUAGAGGAACCCCAUGGAGCAUUAAUUAGUUCUUGCAAUUCUAGAACCAUGACUGAUGGUUUGGUGACAUUCAGGGAUGUGGCCAUCAACUUCUCUCAGGAGGAGUGGGAAUGCUUGGACCCCACUCAGAGGGACUUAUACCUGGAUGUGAUGUUGGAGAACUAUAGUAACUUGGUGUCACUGGAUUUGGAGUCAACAAUAUAUGAGACCAAAAAAAUAUUUUCAGAAAAGGAUAUUUUUGAAAUAAAUUUUUCUCAAGGGGAGAUAAAGGAAAAAAGUAAAACCCUUGGCCUUGGGGCAUCCAUUUUCAGAAAUAAUUGGAAGUGCAAAAGCAAAUUUGAGGGACUACAAGGACAUCAAGAGGGAUAUUUUGGUCAAAUGGUAAUCAGCUAUGAAAAGAUGCCCACUUACAGGAAAAGUAAAUCUCUUACUUCACAUCAAAGAAUUCAUAAUAGAGAAAAACUCUAUGUUUGUAAGGAAUGUGGGAAAACUUGUAGUAAUGGUUCAAAACUUGUUCAACAUGAGAGAACUCAUACAGCUGAAAAACACUUUGAAUGUAAAGACUGUGGAAAGAAUUAUUUUAGUGCCUAUCAACUCACUAUGCAUCAGAGAUUUCAUACUGGUGAGAAACCCUAUCAAUGUAAAGACUGUGGGAAGACCUUUAGUUGGGGAUCAAGUCUUGUUAAACAUAAGAGAAUCCAUACUGGUGAGAAACCCUAUCAAUGUAAAGAGUGUGGGAAGGCCUUUAGUCGUGGCUAUCACCUUACCCAACAUCAGAAAAUUCAUAUUGGUGUGAAAUCUUAUAAAUGUAAGGAAUGUGGGAAGGCCUUUUUUUGGGGCUCGAGCCUUGCUAAACACGAGAUAAUUCAUACAGGUGAGAGACCUUAUAAAUGUAAAGAAUGUGGGAAGGCCUUCAGUCGUGGCUAUCAACUUACGCAGCAUGAAAAAAUCCAUACUGGUAAGAAACCUUAUGAAUGUAAAAUAUGUGGAAAGACUUUUUGUUGGGGCUAUCAACUUACUAGACAUCAGUUAUUUCAUACUGGUGAGAAACCCUAUGAAUGUAAGGAAUGUGGAAAGGCCUUUAAUUGUGGAUCUAGUCUUAUUCAACAUGAAAGAAUCCAUACUGGUGAGAAACCUUAUGAAUGUAAAGAAUGUCAAAAGGCCUUUAGUCGGGGCUAUCACCUUACUCAACAUCAGAAGAUUCAUACUGGUGAGAAACCUUUUGAAUGUAAGGAAUGUGGGAAGGCCUUCAGUUGGGGUUCAAGCCUAGUUAAACACGAGAGAGUCCACACUGGUGAGAAAUCCUAUGAAUGUAAAGAAUGUGGGAAGGCCUUCUGUAGUAGCUAUCAACUUACUCGACAUCAGAUAUUUCAUACUGGUGAGAAACCCUAUGAAUGUAAGGAAUGUGGAAAGGCCUUUAAUUGGGGAUCAAGUCUUGUUCAACAUGAAAGAAUCCAUACUGGUGAGAAACCUUAUGAAUGUAAAGAAUGUGGAAAGGCUUUUAGUCGGGGCUAUCACCUUACUCAACAUCAGAAGGUUCAUACUGGUGAGAAACCUUUUAAAUGUAAGGAAUGUGGGAAAACUUUUAGUUGGGGUUCAAGCCUAGUUAAACACGAGAGAGUCCAUACUGGUGAGAAACCUUAUGAAUGUAAAGAAUGUGGGAAGGCCUUUGGUAAUGGCUAUCAACUUAGUGUUCAUCAGAGACUUCACACUGGUGAGAAAAUUUAUGAAUGUAAGGAAUUUGAGAAGACCUUUACUCAUAGCUCAAACCUUGUUGAACAUGCAAGAACUUAUACUAAUGAUAAACCCUACAAAUAUAAAGAAUGUGAGAAAGCCUUCAUAUGGACAACUUACUCAAACGAGAAAAUAGAUACUGCUGAAACCUUAUGAUUGAAAGACAUGCAAGACCGCUUUUGUGUGUGUAUGGACAACUUACUUAACAUGAGGAGAACUCUUACACUUGGGAAAUCCUAUGAAUGUAAGGACUGUUCAAAAGCCAUCAUUGAAUGUAAGGAAUACGAAAAGGCCUUUAGAAUUCUGUACAAUCUUAUUGUAUAUCAAUUUAUAUUGAUAUAAAACCAUUUAAAU